GCCAUGCUGCCAGAGCUGUCGCCCGGGCGGGCGCCCUACGCGGGCAUGACGCUCGAAGAGACAGUCGCAGAGCUCAAACAGCACCCCAUGUUCAUGACGGACCUGGACGCCGACAACGUGGGCGACAACCGGGAGCUGGCCGCCAUGCAAGCGCUCGCCUUUGACGGUACGCCGCUCGAGAACGCCGCCAACUUCAAGGACCAGGGCAACGAGUGCUUCCGCGGCCGCCGCUGGGCAGACGCAAAGGAGUUCUACACCCAGGGCAUUGCCCUCCUCGUUGCCGAGGAGCGCCGCCGCGCGGGUCUGGGCAGCGAGAAGCAGCAGCAGACACAGUCGCCAAAAGAGUCAGAGCCAACACCAGAAAAAGCGUCCCAGGAAGGGCAGGGAAACACAGAAAACGACACCGACUACAACCGCGAUGACCCGGACGAGGUGCGCAAGCAGAAGCAGCUGCUGGAGCAGCUGUACGGCAACCGCGCGGCGUGCCACCUGGAGCUGCGCAACUACCGCAGCUGCACUUCGGACUGCGCGGGGGCGCUGCGGCUCAACGCGCGCAACGUCAAGGCGUUGUACCGGUCGGCCAAGGCGCUGGCGGCGGUGGGGCGGGUGGCGGAAGCGGACGAUGCGUGCGCGCGGGGGCUAGCCGUGGACCCGGACAACGCGGCGCUGCGGGCGGUAGCGCGGGAGAUUGCCGCACAAACCUCGGCGGCGGCGGCGGCGCGGCGGCGCGACGAGGAGCGCGCGGAGCAGGCGCGGCACCGCGAGCGGCUGCGGCGGGCGGCGGUGGCGGCGCGCGGGAUCCGCAUGCGCACGUCGGGCCCGGGCACCAAGCCGCCCGACAUGGAGGAUGCGCGCGUGCAGCUGGUGCCGGACCCGAGUGACCCGGCGUCGACGCUGGCGGUGCCGACGCUGCUGCUGUACCCGCUGCACUUCGAGACGGACUUCAUCAAGGCGUUCAACGAGACGGAGACGCUGGACCAGCACCUGGCGGGGUAUGUGCUGCCGCCGCCGUGGGACCGCGAGGGGCUGUACAGCACGGCGGCGGGCGUCGAGUGCUUCGCCGAGACGGCGGCGGGCGGGCUCGUGCGCGUGGGCCGCAAGGCGCCGCUGCUCAAGCUGCUCGGCGGCGGCGCCGUCGAGAUCGUCGACGAGCUGCUGCGCAUCUACGUCGUGCCCAAGGCCAAGGCCGACGGCUGGGUCAAGGACUUUAAGGCGAAGAAGGCGGCC